AUGGGUGUUGUCAUUGUGGGUCUUCGAACAGCUGGACAAACAAUAAACUCCUUAACAUCAACCUUAGAGCGAUUAUGCGAGAAAGAACAACGAACAUGGAAAGAGCGAAUCUUCAAUCAGAUGAGAUUAGACGAAGUGAAUAGUUCCCAACGCAAUCAUGCAUCAUUGUGGCUUCGCAAAGUGGCCGUAUCAAUGCAUUUCGGUAUUGAUACAUAUGCUCUUAGUGUUGAUUUACUU